AUGGCUCCCCUUGAGAUCGGCCAGGCCGUGGCGAUCAGCCAGUCCUACCAGCAACAGACGCAGUGCAACACCCCAGCUGUCGCUGGACAGCCUGCAAACUUGCCUUCAGGCUUUCCAAACGUUCUGGACUCUCCUAUGAGCUGGGUGGGCAAGCGGUACUCAGAUAUUGCUUCUUAUGCCGUGGUGCUGGAUCCUGAAGACCUGGCCGAGCUCAACAGUGCGCUAGAGCAUUUCAAGUCUCUUGGCCUGGACGGUGAUUUGGUUGACAGGACCAACUUCCCUCUGCCCCAGCUUUCCAAGAAGCUGAAUGCAAUGCGCCACGAAGUGUACAACGGGCGAGGAUUCGCUCUUCUUCGGGGACUCGACGUCAAUGCAUACUCCGUGGAUGAUUCAACUAUCAUUUACCUUGGUAUCCAGUGCUACAUUGGGAACAAAUUUGGUCGCCAAGAUAAAAAGGGAAAUAUGAUGGUGCACAUUGUCGCCGACAACUCCUCACCCAACACGGCCGACCAUCACCGUCACUCCACAGCACCCAUUACUUUCCAUAAUGAAGAGUCGGGCGAUGUAAUCAGCUGGCUUACUCGAAGCACAGCAGCCUCUGGCGGCAAAUGUAUCAUCGCUUCUGCCCACACGAUCUACAACGUCCUCGCUGCGACUCGCCCGGAUUUAAUCCGUGUUCUUGCUCGAUCGGACUGGCCUUUCGCUUUACCCAAGUUCCACUGCCGACCGGUGCUGGCACACCACGACGGCAAGAUGCUUAUCAACUUUGGCCGAACUGCUUUGAUGGGAAGCGCAAGCCAUCCCCGUCCUGCCUCCUUGCCUAAGCUGACGGCCAUUCAAGUCGAGGCGCUUGAUGCGAUUGAGGCCAUCGCUAAGGCCACGCAGCUCGAGAUGAAGACCAUGGCGGGCGAUAUUCACUUUAUCAACAACUUUUCGGUUCUUCACCGCCGCGAAGGAUUUGUGGAUGGAGCGCAGGCCAGCGAGAAGCGCCACCUCGUGCGCAUGAGGCUGCGCGACGACGAGCUGGGCUGGGCCGUGCCCGAGGAGCUCCAGUUGGAGUGGAAACAGGCCUUUGGGGCCGCGGGAAGCAAGGCCUGGCAUCUCGUCCCCAUGCCCGAAGGCUUCUUUGUUUUGCGCACCCAAGUCCACUAG